AUGGCAGACGCUCUCUGUGGCCCAUCAAAUGCGCUGCAGAAUUUUCAAAAACACACUGCUGUCGAUCGGACGCUACAGCAGGAUCGCAUAGUUAACCGUCAUCCAUCUACGCAGAACUUCCGAUCCCAACAUCACAACGCCGCCGUCCUAGAUCCCGAGUUUGAAGCAUUCGAGAAUAACUUUGUUGGAAAUGCGCCCCCUCAAUUAAUGCCUGGCGGCCCUGCUUUUGCCGCCCCAGUUCACUCUCAACCGCCUCCUGGGUUUGCUGCGGCUGAUGGCGACUGGGCGUCCGAUUUUCAGAAGCUGCAAGUUUCGGGCCCAUCCUUAAACAUAAACCAAAGUCAUGGUAUGCCCAAUCAGGCAUUCCGUCCGGCUGUCAUGAAUGGCUGGCAAAAUGAGUUUAUGCAACAUCAACAACACCAGCCCCAACAGAAUAAUCAACCUCAAUUCAGACAAAAUCCUAUGACGAGCUUUCGGCCUUCUUUUAUGCCGAGUUACCAAGGCAUGAACAGCAUGGUAGCAGCUGUCCCUGUAGAUCAAGGAUCGAUGCAAACGACAUCUACUGCUUCAGUUCCUUUUGACGAAUCUGCAUUCGAGGCAGCAUUUAACCAGGCCCAAGCUGAUAUGCAUGAGCAAGAGAUAGCACUUUCCGAGCAACAUCAAAUAUCGGAAGAAGACCUCCAAUCUAAAGAAGUUGAACCUACAUUAGAAGUCGAACCCGCUGAGCAAAUACGAAUAGGCUCCGAUCUGAUUGGGGCUACUGAGGAAUCAAAUGCUCAAGGACAGAAAGAAGACCCCGACGAAUUGGCACGAACUGCAGGCCAUCUUCUCGACAGUCUGAGUCAUGAUACCAGUCAAAAGUUCAAGGAAAGCAGCUUUCUGGCCCUAAUGCGUCGCAUCCGAGAUCGCGAAGUACAUAUCGAGGGUGACGAAUUUCGCGAAUCGCAACAGCCUUUACACCCGGGUGGGAAGGAUUAUCCUGGAAAACGCAGGGCUGGAGGCACUGAGGGCCCAAUCGCUCGCCCGGCCUCGAAUCAAUUACGUCCGGAAUAG